GCCUCCCACCGCCUGCGCAAGGGUACCCCCUCUUUUUCCUUCCGCUAUCCAGCUGGGCUGUCCUUUCUUUUAUUCUGACUGCAUGAUGUUGACUCUUGCUGAUAAGUUUUGGAUCUGGGUCAAGUCUGUGUAUCUGAGAAUUUCCCUGAAUCGUUUCACGCAGGCGUUUUUUAUUCUCUCGUUCAUCUUCUGCUUCGCUCAAAGCAUUACACAAUCCUUCCUUUUCUCUCUGGACGACGAGUGGAGAGGGCUUGUGUCCAAUGUCGUCGAUCAUGGCAACCUCAACAAGAGCCUCUUUGUCCAAUACACUGGACGUCAUGGUCAAUACAGCCUGGCCUUGUGCAAUGAUAGCCCUAUGUUGGAAAAUGCCUGUGUACCGUACUAUACGAGUGGCCAGAUGAAUGUAUCCAUCCCGUACGGUUUCAAACGCGAGGAGUACGACGGCCGCCUUCUCUCGCAGACUACCUGGGACAGGUGGAUCUCUCCGCAAGGCAUUCCCGUCAAUGAUAUCGUGAUACAGAGCAUUCAUGGUUCUGACGGAAUGAAUGUCCGGGUGUCGGAAGUCCGUAACUCCUCCAAUGCAAUUACGUUGAGCCCCCAAUGCAUCCGAACCCUUCUGUAUCCCGAUCAAAAACUUCAGGAAUUCAGAAGAGAAGUACUAGCUCUGAUCGCUUCUCAGUUCUGGUUGUUUGGGCUCUCCGUCUUUGCAAUUCUCCGGGAAUCUGUCCCCCACUUAUUAGCGCUGCUCGGUGCUCGGUUUCUCGGGACAGGAUGGUCAGCCUAUACCCUCUGGCGCACAGGAAACAUUGAAGAUCGCAUUCACCACCUCAUCGAACAGCAGGACACCCCAUGUCAUCUCGAUGUAUUCUCACCAUAUUUCAGGAUGCGAAUGUCAUUCCAGAUUCCUGACCUUGUGUUGCACUGCACAGCUCUAGCGUUCUCACUCUUCCUGUCUUGGAGGUUGCUCAAGGUGUACAAUGCGCAGACAUUUAAGCGGGUCGGCCCACCCACGACUAUCAUACGGGUGUAUAGAUAUUACUUGACUAGCCUUGUUUGCCUGCAGCUCUCUGUCUUUUUCCUUGUUGUCGCCAUGAGCCUCUGGGUCGAUCAACUUCUGAACAGUGCCAUCAAGGAAAUUUCCGAGCACACGGAUAUUUACAUCGCACUAUUCACCACUACGACUGUCUUGCUCUUACCAUGGAUCACGAUGGGCUGGUACUCCGUCCGCCGUGAGAAGAAAGGCUUCAUGCUUGCGUUUUCAGCCGUCGGGUUCAUAUUCAUAUCGUGCUGGGCCAUCAUGUUCUACUCUAGGAUCUACCGUUUCACAUUCGUCGACUGGCCAUUCUUCGGGUGCAUGACAGUCUCGUCUUUCGUCGUCAUGAUCCUCAGCAUCGUCUUCGGCAUCAUCAACCAACUGCACUUCAAGCAUGGCCUGAAACAAUAUCUCGACGUUGAAGAGACCAUGGCCCGUUCCGAUUUUGACCCACAGGUCUUCAACCACAGCACUAGCAAGGAAUGGAAGGAAGAGACAUCCGUCGCGAGGUUCACUAUUCCCAUCCUCCUUUCAGACUCGGCGUCGUUUGCUAGCACUUCAGAAAAACAUGGGAGCAUUGUGUGAGAUAAGUAUCAGAUGAACACUUGGCAUUCGAUAUCAUUGUCCUGUGAACUCUUAUCGUUCUGGCGCAGGUCGUUUCUCGCCCUGGGGCGACCAUCCUUGUACAUUUUCACAUAUAUCCUGGUAGCACCGGUUCCCCGAUUCGAUUCAUCGGGGUGUUUGCACCAUUGGCCUUUCGUGUAGGUUGUCAUGUUCAACGUUUCCCGGAAUUGUAUAACAGUCGCGAUGGUACCA